CAACAACAACGCUGCCCCCCAUCCAUAAUAAACUAUCAACCACUAUCCUCCCCCUCGAGGCUGGCCCUUUGGACCGACAUUUUGGAUCGGUGAUACAUUGAAGUCUUAUACUGCCACUUACCUAUCGCAUCCAGCCAGUUCCUACCCCCCUCCCUCCUUCGCGGCCUUGCUCUGGCCCUCCGCCCUUCACCAUGUCUUCCCUCUUCGAUGCCGUCCUGCAGUCCGAACUGGGCUCCACGACAGGCAACCAACGCCUUCAUUCCGACCAGAUCCCCAGCUCACGACCACAGCCACCCUCGGAAAGCAAUGGCCCCAUGAGUGACAUGCAUGGCUUCCCUGAUGACCAAGUCGCCGACUCCAAUGCCUCCACCGUUACCCGACUACGCAAUCCCUAUCUGCCCGGUCCACCUCCGGUCACCGAUGUCGCAGGCGAGAAAGUGCAGCAGGCCUUUGCAGAAUUGCUCGAAACUUACCAGGAAGAGGCGCCCUCGUCGGCACAGGCCCCGCUGUCGUCACAAGUCCUAAGUGAUAAAUACUACAUCGCCCAAAUUAUGGGCAUGGCGAAAUGGGAACUCUCCACACUCUAUGUCGACUUCACCCAUCUCACCUCCAUGAGCAGCCCCAUUCUGGCCGAUGCCAUUGCCAACCAAUACUACCGAUUCCAGCCCUUUUUAACCAAGGCUCUCCACGACCUGAUCGCCAAGUAUGAGCCGGAAUACUUUGCCUCCCACCGUCAGGCUACCGCCACAGGUAGCGUUUCCUCCCAAGCCGGCACCUCGAUGAUCGCCGGCAACUCGAGCGUCUCCGACAACCCGGAAUUGGAGCGCAACAUUCGUGAGAAGACCAGACACCAACAGACAGAUAAGCUGUUCUCGUUGGCUUUCUAUAACCUGCCCCUUGUGUCCAGACUGCGCCAACUUCGCACCUCGCAAAUCGGAAAGUUGGUCUCUGUUUCGGGCACAGUCACACGGACAUCCGAAAUCCGACCGGAGCUGUCACUCGGAACCUUCAUUUGCGAGGAGUGCAAGGCCGUCGUCACCAACGUGGAACAGACCUUCCGUUACACUGAGCCUUCACAAUGUCCCAACAGCACCUGCGGUAACCGCUCCGGUUGGCGGUUGGAUAUCGGCAAGAGCACGUUCGUGGAUUGGCAAAAGCUGAAGCUACAGGAGUCGUCUCACGAAAUCCCAACGGGCAGCAUGCCCCGGACAAUGGAUGUCAUUCUUCGUGGUGAGAUGGUUGAUCGUGCCAAGGCUGGUGAACGGUGCAUCUUUACGGGUACUCUGAUCGUGGUACCGGAUGUCAGUCAAUUAGGACUGCCUGGUGUGCGACCAGAGGCGGUCCGCGAUGACGGUGCUUUCCGUGGCAGUGAUAUUGGGGGUGGUGGAGUUACUGGACUGAAGGCUCUCGGUAUUAAAGACUUGACCUACCGACUGGCCUUCCUUUCUUGCAUGGUUACCCCCGACACGACAACACCGGGCCAGCAGUCCAACCAGCAGCUUAAUGGCCAAUCGAACAACAUCUUGGCUUCCCUGAACCAAAACCGGGACCCUGAAUCCAAUGAAGACCAGGCCCAGGAAGCUCUCCUCCAGAGUUUGACUCCGUACGAGGUCCAGGACUUGAAGAAUCUUGUUCACUCCGAGUACAUCUACUCUCGUUUGAUCGACUCGAUCGCCCCCAUGAUCUACGGUCACCGGCAGAUCAAGAAGGGACUGCUGCUGCAGCUCAUCGGUGGUGUCGGCAAGUCCACGGAGCAAGAGAACCUCCAGCUUCGUGGUGACAUCAAUAUUUGCAUUGUUGGCGAUCCCUCGACGAGUAAGAGUCAGUUCUUGAAGUACAUCUGCUCGUUACACCCUCGCGCGGUCUACACCAGUGGUAAAGCCUCGUCUGCUGCCGGUUUGACCGCAUCCGUUGUCAAGGACGCCGAGACGGGUGAAUUCACAAUUGAAGCCGGUGCUUUGAUGUUGGCUAACGGAGGUGGUAUCUGCUGUAUCGACGAAUUCGACAAGAUGGACAUCAGCGACCAGGUCGCCAUUCACGAAGCCAUGGAACAGCAGACGAUUUCCAUCGCAAAGGCGGGCAUUCAUACCACUCUCAACGCACGCGCGUCGAUUCUCGCCGCCGCCAAUCCCAUCGGCGGCCGAUACAACCCUAAGUCUACGCUACGCGGAAACCUCAACUUCAGUGCCCCCAUUAUGAGUCGAUUCGAUUUGUUCUUCGUCAUCCGGGAUGACCCCAACGAAACGGUCGAUCGCAAUCUCGCUGAUCACAUUGUCAACGUUCACAUGAACCGCGAUGAGGCUGUUAACCCCGAGCUCAGCACCGAGCAAUUGCUGCGCUACAUCCGAUUUGCCCGUACAUUCAAGCCUGUCUUCACCGAGGAGGCCAAGGCUUAUCUGGUUGAGAAGUACAAGGAGCUCCGUGCCAGCGAUGCUCAAGGAGGCAUGGGCCGCUCUUCGUACCGCAUCACGGUCCGUCAGCUCGAGUCACUGAUUCGUCUCUCGGAAGCCGUUGCCAAAGCCAAUUGUGUGGAGGAGAUCAUCCCCAAGUUUGUCCGUGAGGCAUACGAUCUUCUUCGACAGAGUAUCGUCACGGUCGAGAAGGACGACGUCGAGGUCGAUGACGACGAAGCCGCAGCCGCAGAUGGCGCUGCAGAUGAAGAGGACCACGAAAUGGGUGAUCGUGAUCGUGAAGGUGACAGUCCCAUGCGUGAGGAUGUCGAAACUUCACAGCCCAAACGUGUCCGGACCAAGAUCACGUAUGACAAGUACAUGAAGAUCCUGAACCUCAUGGUCCGUCGUGUUAGGGAUGAUGAGGCCAACUCCGGCGAGGGUGUCGAGCAGGAGGAUCUCCUCAUCUGGUACCUGGAACAAAUCGAGUCCGAGAUCGACACGGAGGAUGAUUUGCAGAAUGAGCGGUCUUUGGCCGAGAAGGUUGUUAAGCGAAUGGUCAAGGACAACAUCCUCAUGCCUAUUCGUGGACAAGGCUUGGUGGAUGCAGACGAAAUCCAGGAUGAGCAAUCCCAACGGACUGUCUAUGUGAUGCAUCCCAACUGCGCUAUUGAUGAGAUGUAAUUUCGUUUUGUGUUUUCGGUUCGGGCAAGGUAUAAGGUUUGAUCUAGGAGCUGGUGGUUAUGAGUGAUGAUAUCCAUCUUGAUAUUGAUAUUGCUAUUGAUAUUGAAUUCCACUUUAUCUUCAGUGGAAAUUGUGUUAUAGACUGAGGUCUGGAGUGGAGUGUAUAGGUUUUGAUAUAUCUUCUAAUCUCAUUGGUAGUACAAAUUAUGAACUGCUGGUAUCUUUUUUC